AUGGACAUUUCAGCGGAGUUUACUCCUUUUCAGGAGAGAUUAACAACCGCUCUUGUGCAAGCUACGAAAACCACCUCCCAGCUUCUGGCGGAAGAUAUCGCCUUUCAGCGCUCGAUUAACCCGAGCCUCUCGAGUUCCCUUGACGAGCAGAGUAGCCGAUUUCUUACCCUUACUAAUUCGAUCCUUCGCUUUGCCACCUCGAGUUCCGACCUCAAUGUUGCGACUCUGGAAGACGAGGAAACCGUGGACGAAAAUUGGAGAGCGGUGGUCGAUGUCAUUGACGAGCUCUUGGAAAAGGCUGAUGCCUGCCUUGAUGAAUUCACUGGGGUUAUCAAAAAACUGACCCCGUCGCAAGAUGAGCGUGGCCAAGAUUUUAGCAAACGAGCCUCCAGAAGCCAGUUUCCAAGUGUCUACGAUUUUUCCUCGGCCAAAUUACCGAAGCCACAGCUCUCGUUCAACAAUCGUCCUAAUAAUCAUGACUCUUCUCCGUUUCGACCGAUCUUGCGACAAAAACCCCAUGCCAUUGUCUCGUUACCUCUAUCUCCCGACCCGGCCGCCGGCAUUGGCACAGAGCCAUCUGAACACCCCUAUGCGCACGAGAUCCGAAACUGCCGAUAUCCCCCAUCUGUCUAUUACAAGUCCGAACCUCAGAUGUAUCAGCCUUUUGAAUCGACAUCCGCGACGUUUGUAAAUACCAUGGAAGGCGUCCAGGCGAUGCUUAAGGAACUGAAAUGCGCAAAAGAAAUUGGCAUCGAUCUGGAGCAUCACGAUACGCAUUCGUAUUAUGGCCUUGUUUGUCUCAUGCAGAUUAGCACUCGUGACAAAGACUGGAUCGUUGACACGCUCCUCCCGUGGAGAGAAGAGUUACAAAUACUCAACGAAGUAUUCGCAAAUCCGCAGAUAGUGAAAGUCUUGCAUGGCUCCUCGAUGGACGUAAUAUGGCUACAACGGGACUUAGGGCUGUAUCUGGUUGGUCUUUUCGACACGUACCACGCUGCUGCUGCUCUGCAUUACCCGAAGAAAAGCUUGAAGUUUCUGUUAGAUAAGUUUGUGAACUUUCAGGCGGAGAAAAAGUAUCAGAUCGCAGAUUGGCGAGUUCGGCCUUUACUACCCGGCAUGUUUGACUACGCGCGAUCCGACACGCACUAUUUGCUUUAUAUUUAUGAUCAUCUGCGCAAUGAGCUUAUUGAAAGGUCAACUCCCGGUGAGAAUUUAAUCGACUAUGUUCAGGAGAAUUCCAAGGAGGAGGCACUUCAGCGAUACGAGCGGCCUGUUUACGACACGGAAACCGGACAAGGUGCGGGAGGAUGUGAAAUCGACAGGGAGUGCGGCCCAGAUCACUUGUCUCUCAGUUCUGAGAGCACGACACUCGCACACUCCGAGUUAAUUAAUGCAUCCGAAUAUGCUCCUCUUGCGACCUUCGACGCCCUUGCACUUUCGCUACCGCUUCCUUCGGUCCCCAUAAACGUUUCAGACGAGCCUAUCAAGGUAGAAGCCGGGAAUGGUAUUAUGGCAGCAGCUUCUGGCGAAGGAGCAGCAAGCGAUAGCCGGAAUCCACCUUUGACGGACCAGAUCUUCACCGUCAAGCAGUUCGGCGCUCCACCAAAACGCAAACCCGCUGCCGAGAGCGACGCCACACCCGUACCUUCACCACAACCGAAUCCCCCUCGUCUCGAGGUCUCUAGCUCCAUGUCGUCGAAGAAGCGAAAGUCCGCCUCGAAUGAGGAUACCGUCCCCUUUGAUUAUGCAAGUGCGGAUUCUGUCCUUCGGGGCCGGCCGGCGGACGAGGUGCAGAGUACGUCUCGCAAACCGCAGUUUAAUCCAUACACAAAGGCCUUGGAUGCGCCGCAGGCAUUGAGGAAAGCUAAAAAGGACAUGGGAGGCGGCAAGUCUUUUACGUUUCAAUAG